CUGACAGCAGUGACUCGCGGAAAAUGUCGCGGCCGGGCCGGGCCUAAGGGUUGUGGGGAGGCCAUGGACGGCGAGCAGCCGGACAGCCUGGAGGGCUGGGUGCCGCUGCGCGAGGACCUCUUCCGGGAGCCCGAACGACAUCAGCUGCGCUUCCUGGUGGCCUGGAACGCCCGGGUGGGCCAGUUCGCCGUCACCUGUCACGACCGCACGGCGCAGCGGCGGCGCGGGCUACGGGAGGGCGGCGGCGGCGGUGCGGGGUGCAGCUGGGCCGGGCUGCUGUCGGCCGCCGGCUUCCGCGGCGCGCACCGGCAGCUGGCGGCGCUAUGGCCGGCCCUGGAGCGCUGCUUCCCGCCGCUGCCGCCCGAGCUGGACGCGGCGGGCGGCGCGGGCUGGGGCCUGGGGCGCGGUUUGUGGGCGCUCGUGUGGCCGGCGCCCGCGGACCCCGGCGACGCGGCGAUGCAGGAGCUGUGCCGACAGCUAGAGCGCUACCUGGGCCUGGCGGCGGACGGCUGCGGCGGCGCCACCGUGCGGGACGUGCUCUUCCCGGCCCCGGGCGACACCGCGGACUGCGAGGGCCUGCGCGAGUUCCGCGAGAGGACGCUGCGCGAGCGCCUGGACGGGGCGGCCGCACGGCUGCGCCAGGUUCUUCAAGAUCAUGGAAAAGCCACCACCAUGGUAGCAUUAAUGGAAGUUUAUCAAGAGGAAGAUGAAGCCUAUCAGGAAUUAGUUACCAAGGCAACCAUGUUCUUCCAAUAUUUACUGCAGCCAUUUAGAGAUAUGAGAGAAGUUGCGACCUCAUGUAAGCUUGAUAUUUUGAAGUCCCUGGAUGAGGAUGAGCUGGGUCCUAAAAGGGUGGUUGCCCUGCAGAAGGACGCCGAUGAAUGGACCAAACGGGCCGAAGAAGCAGUGGUCUCUAUCCAAGACAUCACUGUGAAUUACUUUAAGGAAACAGUAACGACACUAACAGGAAUGCAGAAACAAAUGGAGCAGGAUCGGAAGAGAUUUGGCCAGGCAACUUGGGCCACAGCCAUGCCCAGGCUAGAGAGUCUCAAGCUCGCGUUAGCUCAGGAGACUUUGCAGCUUAUGCGAGCAAAAGAGCUGUGUCUAAACCACAGGCGAGCUGAAGUCCAGGGAAAGAUGGAAGGUCUUCCAGACCAAGGAAAGAAUUUAGACAUUGUGGAUGAGCUAGAAAUACAGUAUUACGAGAUUCAGCUGGAGUUAUAUGAUAUUAAGCUUGAGAUACUGAGAAGUGAAGAGACGAUUCUUGUCACACAGUUGGACUCUGUUAAGAGACUUAUAAAAGAGAAACAGGAUGAAGUGGUGUACUAUGACCCAUGCGAAAGCCCCGAGGAGCUGAAGGGUCUUGCUCAAGACCUGGAGCUGCCCCUUGGUGAGAACGGACAGCUGAGAGCACUCAGACAGCAGUGCCAGCAGCUGGAGGCUCAGCGGGGCCGCAUCUGCAGCAGGAGGGCCCGCCUCAGAAACAGAAAGGAUCACUGCCAAGAAAGUCAUCAGCUCAGACUGCGACAAGCCAGACAAAGCGUGAGCCAUUUUCUCCAGCAUCACGGCAUUCAGAUAAAAAGAGACAAAAUAGAAGAAGAAGAACAAAAGAAAAAAGAAUGGAUAAACCAUGAACGCCAAAAAACACUUGCUCGACUAAGAGCAUAUAAGGAGAAGUGUUCAGCUCCUCGGUCUGCACUAAAAACAACCUGCUCAGAAUCAAUGGUGCCAAAGCUGUCAGGUGGAUGCUCUCAGAAGAGGUCCUCAACCGCUGGUCACAAGACAGCUCACCCUGUCUCCAGCAAAACUGGAAGUGUUACUCCCUUACUUGAAGCUAAUAUGAACCCCCCCGAGCAUCAAGACUCCUGUGGCAGUGUCCCCAGCCAGGUUUUUGUUCCAGUUGGUGACCAGAUACUCUCCAGAUCCAGCGAAGAUCUGUCACUACCACCGCAGCCAGCACCCCCACCUCCCCCUCCUCCUCCACCACCACUCCCUCUCCCUGCUCUGUCCUCUUUUCAAGUGACCACACAUGAGAAUUUAAGACUCAGGACUUCGGCCACAGAGGACCAGCCACUCCCUCUAGUGUGUGACGAGUCUGCUGAAAGAGCGUGUCAUUUCCUGCAGGGUUUCCAACACCCAGGCUCUAUGAAUGAAGUGUUGGCUUCUCUACGGCAGGGCAGGGCCUCUCUCCGCAAAGUAGACCUGCCCACCUUGCCCCUGCCCCCCACCUCUGUCAAUGAACAAGUCCUGGCUGCCAUCAGGCAGGGGGUGCGGCUGAAGAAGGUCCACCCAGGCCCAGGUGUGGAUCCCAGCGAGAAGCGCAGCAGCGACCUGGAGAGGAGCAUCAGGGCAGCCCUGGAGAGAAUCAAGAGAGUGUCUGCUGACUCAGAGGAGGACAACGAUGAGCACAGCCCUGGCGAGUGGGACCGCUAGGGUCUUCAGGCGACAAAGGCAGGCACAUCCAUGAGCCCUAGGUCAGCAAGGCUUCCCUGAGAGCCUGCUUGAUGCUGUGGCCU